CAGGAAAACCGUUGUAUUAUUUGUAGCAACUUGACCCGAGUGGGCUCAGGCCAAGUCAAAACAAUGCAGCGUUUAGCUAGCUGUAAAUAUUCAACACGACAGCGUGAUGGGGUCGUGCUGUAAGUUAAAAUAACAGCGUGUCGGUUUAAUCUUUAUUUUAACCUGCGUUAUAUAUUCUUUUUCUUGGGUUAAGUUAGUUAAAACGCGUGUGCGCUUAGAGAAUUUUUGUGGGUUUUUUUGUGGGAGGGAGGUGUUUUUGGAGGAAUGGAGACGGCUAACAGGCAGCUGUUGCUCGGUGUGAAAGUGUCGGAGAGGAGCGGCUAAAAAAAAGAAAUACAAGGUGGGAGUGUGAAUUAAAAGGACAAACUGCUAAAAUAAACGCAGGCUGAUGGAGGAGUAGGCGGCCGGGCCACCGACCGACGCAGCGGGGAGGCUCAGCAUGGCCCCGGGCUCUCUGGUGGCGGCCUGCCGCAGCCUGGCCCUCUCGACGUGGCUGCUCUCCUUCUGCUUCGUCCACCUGCUGUGUCUGGACUUCACCGUGGCCGAGCGGGAGGAGUGGUACACCGCCUUCGUCAACAUCACCUACGUGGACCCGGCCACCUCGGAGCUGCGCACCGAGAAGACGGAGUGCGGCCGCUACGGGGAGCACUCCCCGAAACGCGACGCCAAGGGGGUGGUGGUGCUGCCCGCCGCGUCGCACGACCGCCAGGCCUGCGACCCCAACACCCGCUUCUCGGUGCCCGCACAGGCCGGGGCCUGGAUAGCGCUGAUAGCCCGGGGCAACUGCACCUACAAGGACAAGAUCCGCCACGCUGCCGCCCACAACGCGUCAGCUGUGGUCAUCUUCAACGUGGGCGCCGCCAACACCAACGACACCAUCACCAUGCCUCACCCAGGUACAGGUGAGGUGGUCGCUAUUAUGAUCCCUGAGCCAAAAGGCCGUGAAGUUGUGUCGCUGCUGGAGCGCAAUGUAAUGGUCACCAUGACGAUCACCAUUGGGACGAGGAACCUGCAGAAGUAUGUGAGCCGGACGUCGGUGGUGUUCGUGUCCAUCUCUUUCAUCGUGCUGAUGAUCAUCUCUCUGGCCUGGCUUGUCUUCUACUACAUUCAGAGGUUCAGAUAUGCCAAUGCCAGAGACCGCAACCAGCGUCGUCUUGGGGACGCAGCCAAGAAGGCCAUCAGUAAGCUGCAGGUCCGAACCAUCAGGAAGGGUGACCAAGAAACUGAGGUUGACUUUGAUAACUGCGCCGUCUGCAUCGAGGGCUACAAAGCUAACGACGUGGUGCGCAUUCUGCCCUGCAGACAUUUGUUUCAUAAGAGCUGUGUGGAUCCGUGGCUCCUCGACCAUCGAACGUGUCCCAUGUGCAAGAUGAACAUCCUGAAGGCACUCGGCAUCGCGUUAAAUGCAGAUUGUUUGGACGACCUGCAGCUGGACUAUGACCUGGCUCUCGGCGGUGUGGGUGGGGUUGGGGUCGGCGGUAUGGGCGGAGUCGGGGCCCUGGCCCUGGAGGCCGUGGUGUCUGGAGCGUCCAGUGACGGAACGCUGAGUGAGGGAAGCUCGUCGGUGGUGCUGGACCCCGGCGUACGACGGGUCGGGCUUCCACAGGACUACCAAGACCCGGACACCCUGAGAGACAGUCCUGUGGUGGCCAACAGGGACACUCACGCAGGUGAGUUCCAACCAGUGGCGAGCAGCUCCUCCGUGGCAUCUUUGGUCAUCGCUGUGGAAACGGGCCUGUCAGACGAGGAGGGGUCGAUGGAACGGUGUCGUCUGGGGGACAAGUCAUGAGACAGCAGUAAACCAGAACCGGGCCAGAGCAGACCAGGUUAGGGUUGUAGUAACCAGGUGGAAUGUCGGUGAGUGUGAUUAGUUCUACGAAUGUCCUGAUAAAAACCAGAUCUAAACCAGAACCAAACCUGAAAGUACCGGAGUGGAUGUGACCUGAUCUAAGCCCGGAAACUGGUUCUGUUUUUGACUGGUUAUACAAAACCAACACCAGUGUUUGUCUUUUUUUUUUUUUUUUUUUUUUUUUUUUUUUUUAACUUUGGAACUGCGUGCUGCAGAAUUUUGCUACUAAUGAGCUACCUUUAGAAUGGACCCAAACCAAAUGUCUGGUCCCCAGGUGGACCUAAAACCAAGACCUAGGUGUUGAUGGGUGGACCUUUGUCAUAUUAAUGUUUCUUUCCGUUUCUGAGACC